AUGAUCAAGGAGAUCUUCAUCUUCAACAACCAUAACAAGCCAUGGUUCUCCAAGUUUUACCAGCAAUUCAUAUUUGUGGAAACAUUAGACAAGUGUUUUGAAAACAUCUGUGAACUGGAAUUGAUUUUCCAUGUAGACAAGGGUCACAAUAUUCUUGCAGAAAUGGUGAUGAGGGGAAUGGUAUUAGGCACGAACAUGAAUGAGACUGUUAUACAAACUGAUGCACAAAGUAAACUGGAGAGAUCUGAGGCUGGCUUAGCAGGUGCUCCAGCCUGUGCUGUCUCAGCUGUAAAGAACAGGACUCUUCCUGAGAUCCCAAGAAACAGUAACAUUGGUAACAUCAGUAUAAAAGGGGAAAACUUGCCCUCUUUUACAUAA